AUGGCAAUCUCCUCCAUCAUAAUCACAAGCUGGUGUAUCACAAGCUGCAUCACAAACUCCAUUAGACUUCAUAUAAGAAUGACAGCCUCUCGAACAAUCACAAUCUCCUCCAUCUCAAUUGCAAGCUUGAUUAUUACACUCCCUAUUACAAUUAUUGUCUCCUAUCAUUCAAAGUUCACAGUCUGGAUUGCAUUGAUUAUUAUUGCAGUCUCCAAAAUCAUAGUUACAAGAAGAAACAUUACAAGAUUUAUCACAAAUCCCAUCUCCAAGCAUUUCCCUAUUACAGCCAGGUGAGCAGUCUGUACAAGAUCCUAA